GUUGUUUUUUGUUUUUUUUUGUUUAACGUGGGUGAAGAGGAGUGGAGAAUCGGCCAAAUAAUACGUCAUUAUGUUCUCGUUAUAUCACUAUGACAUCUGGCCCCGUCGUGACCUCCACCUGUACGCGGGGGGUGAAGUUGUGCCGCUGGUGCAACAAUGCAAGCUGUGGAUGUGCUGGCUGGGUGCAGUGUGCACUCAAUGUGCCUCCGGUUCGGCCCGGAGAGCCAGGAGAGCUGGACCUAUGCUAGCCGGGUGGAGGAGUUUUAAAGGUCUCUGCGGAAAUUAAGGUGUAGAAGAAGAAAGAAAAAAAGAGUCUGUCUACUCCAGCUCUGCAUGGUGAUUUUUAUCCUGGGUCCUGUUGAUCUGCUUUGGCUGAACUGGAGCCAUGGACAUGGCCCUGGUAGACUUUGGGAGCCUAGAUGAGUUGGGCCUCGAGGAUGAGGACACUUCUGCGGAUGAGACCACGGCUCUUAGCGUGGACAUACCCGCAAUAGCGGACAUGCCUGUUGGCAACCGUCGAUUUCAAGCCCCACCGUACCACAACAGUCCUGUUCCGUCAUGCAUGUGGGAAUCCACAUCAUCAACACCCCUCCGACUUCUACAGACGCUGGAUGUGCCUCAUUCCCCAAUGAUAACUCAAAGCAUUGAGCACACAGGUAGUCACUCGAGUAUGAUCUCCAACUGGAAGCUGCUCCUAAGCAGCGAAGGCACGAAGGAAAGCGAGACAAUCUUCAGCCAACUCGCUAAGGAGUGUUGCGAGGACCUUUUUGUCGAUAAAAGAGGACUGGACGACGGGGAUCAAAAAGUUAUUAUAAACAUCGCCGGUCUUCGCUUUGAGACUCAGCUCAAAACCUUAGACCAGUUUCCCGAUACGCUGCUAGGAGACCCUCAGAAAAGGAUGGACUAUUUCGAUCCCAUGAGGAACGAAUAUUUCUUCGAUCGGAACCGACCCAGCUUUGACGGGAUUUUGUAUUACUACCAAUCCGGGGGCAAGGUCAGACGUCCAGCAAAUGUUCCUCUGGACGUGUUUACCGAUGAAAUAAUAUUCUACGAGCUUGGGAACCAAGCUAUGGAGCAGUUUCGGGAAGAAGAAGGAUUCCUUAGAGAGGUCGACAUCCCGCUACCAAAUAACGACAUCUCCAGACAAUUCUGGCUGCUGAUGGAGUACCCUGAGAGCUCCAACGCGGCUCGAUGUGUUGCGCUAGUGUCCGUGCUUGUUAUCGUCAUAUCCAUUAUUAUUUUCUGCAUGGAGACGCUGCCGGAAUUUAGAGAUGACACCGAUAUUGUCUUGCCUUCGACCCUUAAGCCCGUCAACCUAUCUGACGUUCACAGUUCUGCGGCUCCUCCUGAUCUCACACUAUUUUCCGAUCCCUUCUUCGUGAUUGAGACCGCCUGUAUCGGCUGGUUCUUCUUUGAGCUAUGUACAAGAUUCCUAGUCUGCCCGAGCAAAAGAGAAUUUUUCCACAAUCUUAUGAAUAUUAUUGAUAUCAUAUCCAUCAUCCCCUAUUUUGUCACUGUGGUGACAGAACUGGUCACGAAACCCGAAGAUAGCUCCGGACAAAACAUGUCUUUGGCUAUCCUUCGCAUUAUACGUCUGGUCAGAGUGUUUCGUAUCUUUAAAUUGUCACGCCACUCCAAGGGACUGCAGAUCCUGGGACAGACCCUCAAGGCCAGCAUGAGAGAGCUUGGCCUGCUCAUCUUCUUCCUGUUUAUUGGAGUUAUCCUUUUCUCCAGCGCUAUCUACUUUGCGGAGGUCGACGAGCCCAACACGCAGUUUGUCAGCAUUCCUGAUGGCUUCUGGUGGGCGGUGGUAACCAUGACGACCGUGGGCUACGGGGACAUGUGCCCCAUUACCUUGGCGGGCAAAAUGGUUGGGACCUUAUGUGCCAUUGCAGGCGUAUUGACCAUUGCUCUACCUGUUCCUGUCAUAGUCUCCAAUUUCAACUACUUCUAUCAUAGAGAAACGGAAGCGGAGGACAAGCUGACCUUGUCGGAUGCUGUCGAGCAAGCCAUCAUGGCGGACAUGGGUGUGAAACAAAAGAGCAACUCCUCGCUCAAUAAGGUCAAUGGCAUUUGACUUAUUUUCACAUAUAAAGGGUAAAAAUAAUUGGACGAAAUGCCUUCCUACUCGCACAUGUUCAGAAUAAGCUGAAGUUUCUUGUGUAUUCUUUCAAAUUAUAUUGCAGUUUUUCCAAAGCUAACUCAAUUCCUGUUUGGAAAAUAUAUUUGAUUUAAUUUAUUCAGUUCUGAUAUUUAAUUCUCUAUUGGCCUUGUACUGCAUGAUAAAGAUUGUUCAUGUUGUUCUUAUUCUGGACCUUCUCGGGUGUUGCAAACGUGGCUCAUAUGGGCUAACUUCUGUAACGGUUGGCCAAAAGUGAUACACCGAGGUUUCAGAUUGAAUAUGAACCCAUGCUAAUGCUAUAAUCCCCCCACACACACCCUAAAAUAACUACCUACGAAAACUAGCAGUAGAGAGUUCAGACUAGUUUUAAUACCAUGUACACAAACAAAAAGCAUUCAAACAAAACAAUAAACUGAUGGAAAUAAUUUGUAGGUGGAGCAUUCCUUGAAUUCUCCAUCCAUUCAUCCAUCCAUCCAUCCAUCCGUCCGUCCGUCCGUCCGUCCGUCCGUCCGUCAAUCCAUCCAUCCAUCCAUCCAUCCAUCCAUCCAUCCAUCCAUCCAUCCAUCCACUGCUUACCACUAAACCUAAACCUUUAAAACUUUGACCCUCCCCAAAAAAAUGUACGCAACUUUUUUUUAAAAUGUUAAAUAAUUUACCUUUCAACCCUGGAUUCCAAUGUAUUUAUAAAAUGGAAAACUGUAACAAGAAAGCCAUUGAUAAUGCCAAUCAAAGAAUACCAACGAUUUGUUCCAGAUUAAAAAAGAAAAAAAAUUUCUCUGAAUGCAAAGUCAUGUUUCUGCGAGAACAGGAACAAAACAAACCCACAUUGGAAACGUCCUGAGGCACUGAAUCCAUCUGUGGGUACACAGUAUGAAUCUGUACUACUUUCGGAAUAUUGGUUAUUAUUUGAAGGAGUCAAAAAAUAGUUACCAAACAUGUCUGAGCAGUAAAAAAACCACUCAACUCAAUUGUGCAUUGGGACUUUUAUUAUAAAUAUACUGAAUAUAUAACUUCCCAACAUGAAAAGAACUUUUACACAGAAGUAGCAGUUACAAUGACUCCUUGUGAGACCAAUUUGUAACAAAACUGCAAUUCAUUUCAUGAAGUCAUUGGAAAUACUACACAUAGAAAGUGACUGAAGACCCCAAAUACAACCCAAUAUUGGAAAAAAUACAGCAUGUGAAAAACAUCUGUUUGAAAAUGGACUCUAAUUGGAUGAUAGUCCGGAUCAGCUCAUCAAAGCUGAAACAUAUCAUCAUUGAGCAAGAAGAGGAGAAUAUUCCUUAAAAAACGUAUAAGGUCAAAUGAGGUAUUUUUUUGUACUAUUCAGGCUGUUGCCAUGUUUGAUAGUGUCUUUGCUCCCGGUAGGCCGGGCAAAUUUGUUUGGCCUCUAUUCCAAACCUUGAAGCAAAUUUUUAGAAUGCUGAGAAUGUGAAGCAUCAAUGACACAAAAACUCAUAAUCUUGCCAAAAAAGCCACAAAUUGAUUUAUUCUUUAAAAGAAAUGGGUUCAUCUUUAUUAUGUAAAUUGAGUAAUUAGCAUGGCCUUGGC